AAAUAUGCAUGAUUGGACGACGUCGCGGUUGAAAAGGGUGUUGUGGCAUCAGUGCAGUGUGGACUGAGAACAAGCCCACCGGCCGGAUCCGAGGAUGGUGAGUCGAAAGCCGAAACACCGGUAGCCGUAGACUUGUGCCCGAGGUGCGCAUGAUGUUCGGGGGAUGUACAGCAUAUCUCUUGAGCUUUGAGUUUCAGUCUCUCCACCGAUCUUGUCCUUGUCACUCGCCAUCAUGUCUAAGAUCGACGUUCAGAUCCUCCCUAUGGAGCUCUCUGACAUUCCCACCGUUGGAGAAUUGACCAAAAGGGCAUUCGAGCAAGAUGCCCAUACGGUAUUCAAAGUCCAUGAAAAGGGUGGACAGAUGGAAGAUGAGUUACCGACGCCAGCGAUAGAAGGAUGGAUAGGGUAUGGACCUGAUCGAUGUAGAGUGAUCAAAGCGAUGGUGGAUGGUGAAAUCAAAGGUUGGGCAGCUUGGGGACUGUAUAAUCUGAAAGGGGACAAGGUGUUGGACCCCGCUGAACCCUCUCCUGAGCCAUUGGACGCACCUAUCAACCACCCUGAUUUCCCAGCCGACAAGUCCCUUCCCAAGAUAAAACAACUCGACCAUCUGACUUCUGGCCACCUGUAUACCAUGUCUGAUCGACUUUGUGUUCCUCCCAACAAGGUCGUGUACUGUAUGAGUAUCGCUGUGGAGCCUUCUGCUCAAGGGCAAGGUGUGGGUAGUCAACUGGUCAAGUACGCUGUGGACAUUGCGGAUAGCCACGGUGCGAGUAUGUGGGUUCAUUUAAGUGAAGAUGGAGCCAAGACGAGUGCCUUUACAAAGUAUGGAUUUGAGAGUGUCAACGAAUUGGAAUUCGAUUUGGAUGAGUAUAGGGAGAAGGAGGUCCCAGAAGGAAGGGAUAGGUGGGGCAAGUACAAGUUCACAUUCGCCCGGCGGCCCGCGAAGAAGUGAGAAGAGCGACUGAGUUAGGAAGCAGGAAAUGCGGCGCAGCGACGCAGGCGGGAUCUUGGAAUGAUGUAUAGA